UUGUGUUUGAAUUAUUAACUAGUGUAACUCAAGAUAUGCAAAUGAGACUCUUACAGCUGCUGCCUGAUAAAUAUAGAGGAGGCUCCGUGAUACACCCAGUGCCACAGGCUGCUAGUGGAUUGUGAGGACCCAGAUCUUCUGCUACUAUGAAGCCUAACUGUUCAUCGGUUGACUGUCUCCUUGAGAAAUACUACCUAUCAACUGUGUACUCACUAGAGUUUAUAUUUGGCAUUCUUGGGAAUGGCAUUGUAAUGUUUGGCUAUAUCUUUUGUAUGAAGAAAUGGACCAGCGGAAGCAUCUACCUCUUCAAUCUGUGUUUGUCAGACUUCACCUUCCUCUGCACGCUCCCUCUACUGAUUGAAAGUUAUUCCAAUGGACGCUGGGUCUUUAAUGAGCUCCUCUGCUACAGCAACCGGUACCUACUUCAUGCCAACCUAUACACUAGCAUCCUCUUCAUCACUUUCAUCAGUAUUGACCGGUACCUUCUUAUCAAGUUCCCUUUUAAAGACCACAUAAUGCAGAAGAAACCUAUGGCAGCCACCAUAUCUGUUGGGAUUUGGAUUGUGGUUAUGUUAGAGAUCUCUCCAAUUCUAUUAUUCAUAGAACUACGCGAUAACAGCCAGUGUCUCAGCUAUGGGAGUUCUGGGAUGGCCUCAUCCAGUUUAAUCUACAGUGUUUGUCUUAGUGUCACUGGCUUCCUCAUCCCUCUCUGUACCAUGUGUUUGUUCUACAGGAAAAUGGUUUAUUUUCUCAGAAACAGGAAUCAGCAACUUACAACAUCCUUCUCUCUUGAAAAACCUCUUACUUUAGUUUGUGUGGCUGUGAUAGUGUUUUUUAUCCUGUUCACCCCAUAUCACAUCAUGAGAAAUGUAAGGAUCGCUUCACGUAUGGAGGAAUGGAAGCUGAGUAACGAGACACUGGUCACCAUCAAUUCCAUUUAUAUCAUCACACGACCCAUUGCAUUUCUAAAUAGUGUAAUAAACCCUGUGUUCUACUUUCUCAUGGGGGACAAUUUUAGGGAAAUGUUGUUGGCAAGGGUUCGGAACAUGUUUCAAGUAAUAAAAUGUCAAUGUGCCUAUAAAUUCAGCUCUAGUCAUCAGGAAGCUAGAGAGUACAGCACAGAGUCAUAGCAAUAAGUUGUGUACAUAGUUUAUAUACAAUAGUAUUAUACGUAAUUUUCAGUAUUUUCUGGUGACACGGAACUCCUAUGUGCUAAAUAUUUAUGUUUAUAAGCUGCUUUCUCAUUCCUAAAAUAGGAAAUAAUGUCUAAACAUAUUCAAUAUAUGAUUGGUGUAGCAACUAUUAAAGACUUGUAGUCUUAAUAACAGGACAAUUCAUAAACAGCACGUGUAAUGGCAUAGAACUAUGUUACAUUCCAGAAAAGACAACAAACUCCAGUUAUGGCUGUAAGGCUGACAUUUGAAGUUAUCUUUAGGCCUUGUACACACGAUCAGUCUAAACCGAUGAGAACCGACUGAAGGACCGUUCUCAUCGGUUA